UCAUGCUGCUGGCCAGUCCAGAGUCUCUCAUGGGUCCCUGUACGGCCUCACCCAUAUGCUGCUGUCUCCAUCGCCACACUCUGCUGCACAUGUGCCAUUUUAUCAGGUCUCUUCACACACUGUGCUGUGUGUUGAAAUUUUUUUGACAUAGGGUGCUGGCAGAUUACGGGCCUCCCAUAGCUGCUGCCAGGCCCCUAAUCUGCCAUGGGCCCCUAUAUACCGCCUCCUCAUGCUGCUGCCAAGGUCCCAGAGUCUCUCAUGGGUCCCUGUACGGCCUCCCCAUUGCUGCUGUCCUCCAUCGCCACACUCUGCUGCCAUGUGCCACUUUCAGGUCUCUUCACACUGCUGGUGUGUUACAUUUUU